UUCGGUUAGGACUCUGGAGACAGCCGGGAGGAUAGGAGAGUCCGAUCCGAUCGGAGACGGUGACUCUCCGAUAUAACCGCCGCCUCGCCGCCGCGAACUACCGCCCAAAUUUUCGCCCUCCGUGAGACGAGAAGGGAUCCGCAUCGACCCGAAGGUUCGCCGGCCGGGCAAGAUGCUGGAGGAGCUGCUCAUCUUCACGCGCGGCGGCCUGAUCCUGUGGGCGCUCAGCGGCAGCGGCGGCGCUGCCGUCAAGGCCUCCCCCAUCGAUGCACUCAUCCGCUCCUGCCUCCUCGAGGACCGGUCCGCCGACGGCACCGGCGCCUCCCAGGACGGCAAGCGAGCGUUCAAGUGGGCCUUCCACAACGGGCUCGGCCUCGUCUUCGUGGCGGUGUACCGGCGCGUGCUCCGCCUCCUCUACGUCGACGACCUCCUCGCCGCCGUCCGCGCGGAGUUCGCGCGGAUCUACCACCCCAAGCGCACCAACUACGACGGCUUCAGCGACGUGUUCCGGCAGCUCCACCUCGAAGCCCAAGCGCGCGCCGAGGAGAUGAACAAGUCUAAACAAGCGCCUAUUGAGUCACGUCCGGCGCCGCCACCAUCGGUGUCGCACGACGUUGAUUCCAAUGUUCCUGGAGAUUCUGGGGGUAAUGCUGGUGGGAGGAAGCAGGACGGCUCCGACGGUGACUCCGGGAAGGACGAAUAUUCAGGAGAACCCGAACCCAAAGAUGGCGGGGCCUUCAAUCUGAGUAUGUUACAAUUCCUGCGAGACAAGUUCAUUCAUAGUAAGAACACUGACACAAAGAAGAACAAACCCGACAAAAAGGGAAGACAAAAGGACCACGACAAGGAGCCUUCCCACAAGAAGCUGGAUUUCUCAGACCCAGCUGAAAGGGGCAAGGUGACUGAUCAUGUGGCAGUCAAGGAGGGACUAAGCAAGAUGGACAAGGAUGAACAGGUUGGAGAUGUCUCCAAAGCGAAAGGAUGGUUCUCCUCAGUGUUCCAGAGCAUUGCAGCAGGUAACAGUGUAAUUGGCAAGUCUGAUCUGCAGCCUGCGGUCAAAGCUCUGAAAGACAGGCUGAUGACCAAGAACGUUGCGGAGGAGAUCGCAGAGAAGCUUUGCGAAUCGAUUGCAGCAAGCCUUGAGGGCAAGAAGGUAGGAUCUUUCACAAGCAUAGCUUCCACCGUCCAGGCAGCCAUGGAGGAGGCUCUUCUUCGCAUUCUGACCCCAAGCCGAUCCAUUGACAUUCUGAGAGACGUGCACGCUGCCAAGGAGCGUGAGAGGCCGUAUGUCAUCGUAUUCGUUGGGGUGAAUGGAGUCGGCAAAUCCACCAAUCUUGCAAAGGUCGCUUACUGGCUCCUCCAGCAUGACCUCAGUGUGACCCUUGCAGCUUGUGAUACCUUCAGGUCUGGUGCCGUUGAGCAGCUACGCACCCAUGCUCGCAGGCUCCAGAUACCGAUCUUUGAGAAGGGCUAUGAAAGAGAUCCGGCAGUCGUAGCGAAGCAAGCGAUCCAAGAAGCAACCCGGACCAAAUCAGAUGUUGUCCUUGUCGACACUGCUGGGCGCAUGCAGGACAACGAACCGCUCAUGAGGGCGCUCUCCAAGCUCAUCAACCUCAACAGCCCGGACCUGGUCUUGUUCGUCGAAGCGCUGGUUGGAAACGACGCCGUCGAUCAGCUGACCCAGUUCAACCAGAAACUGGCCGACCUGUCGCCUGUUCCAGCUGCAAGGUUGAUUGAUGGUAUCCUGCUUAGCAAGUUUGACACCGUCGACGACAAGGUUGGAGCAGCGCUUUCCAUGGUUUACGUUUCUGGGGCUCCGGUUAUGUUCGUGGGAUGCGGUCAGUCUUACACCGACCUGAAGAAGCUGAAUGUCAAGUCCAUUGUUAACACCCUCCUCAAGUGACGCUACUACUACAUGCGUUCUCUGCCCUUGUUGGUUACUACCUUCAGUUCCCUAUGCUCUUUGUAAUAAUCUUCGCAUUGGACGUGUACCUUUUUGUUAUACUUGGUACAAAGUGCCAUGAAUUCUACUUAUAGUCAUAUUUGCACUUAGAAGAAAACUAAAUUGAUGAUCUUCUGCCAUGGCUGUGCCUUCA